AGCAUUUCGUGGAUGCAUUUCAUAAAUGGGAGAGUUUUAUGUGCGGAUGCGAUCGCAAGUGCGACAACUAGGAAACUCUUAGAGAAGUUGCGAACGGCUGCGCCUAUGCGAAAGGGAAGCCUCAAAUGGGUUGGAGUCUCAUCGGACCAAACAACUACGAGCAAGGAUCGGGACAGUAAAGUGCAGGAAGUUACUGCAUGUUGGCAACAAUUUACAGAGCCAGACGAUAUUGUGGAAAGUCUACGACGACUCAUAAGGCUCCGUCAGGGAUACCAGCCGGUACCUGGGGAACUCGCCUUGCCGAUGCUGGAAUCUAUUGAGGACUCUUUUGAGAGGGUUCACGAUCACGUGGGCCUUAUGUACGUCUUGUCGGGCGUUAUCAACCCUGUACAGUUGCGUGAUGGAGAUGAAACUCAAAAGAGGAUAUAUUCGUCUCGUGAAAGGCUCGUGCCGGAGAUAUUGAAUCGGCUACGACGCAGACACGAAAUUUUGCCGUUCUCAGAAGUCGUGCUCCUCCUCAAUUCACUUGCCCUCCUCCCUAAAAAAUAUCACUGGUUAAUUGAGGAGAUAUUAUUGUGUUUGGGCAAGCAGCUGCAGAAGGUUAAGGGCAAUCGUCUGAAGCUGAUGGCAAUGAACUACUUCCAGACAGCACCUUAUAUAGUGAAGGCAUGUGGUGUGGCCGGUGUGGUAGAGGCUACUUGUCUCGACACUGUAGCCGAUAUGUGUUUGUGCCACAUAUUAGAGGUUCCAUACGAAGCGCUUUCUCAGUUUGUCCUUGGCCUGGGCUUGUUGUCAUCAGGAGCUGGAUACAGCUUCCGUAGUGUUGAUCGGCUAGCAUCAGCAGUGAUGCGACAGAUUCAAGUUACUCCCGUUCCUCCCGAUCUCACUCCAGUUGUGCGAAUGCGCAUCCUGAAAGGUCUCGUUCUGAGUAGAAGCCUAACCCAAGCCGCAGUAUCAUCCGCGAUAGAGCACUUCACUGAUGUCUAUGCGUUUGGCUCAUCGGACAUCAUUGAUAACCGCUUUGUCGCGGAUCUGCUUUUUGUCAUGGCCAAGUCUGGAGUGGUGAAUGAGGAUCUUUUAAGGAGCAUGCGUGCUACAUUCAGCGGGUCGAAGCUACGCAAGUGGCCAGUCACCGACCUCGCUGCAGUCUUUUUGUACUCCCUGCAGCUGAGUGCUUCGACGGAAGCGUCGAUACUCACUGGAAAUUGUUUGCAACACAUUGGUCGAUCCUUGAAUAAUAGCACCCCACGUGCUAUCAUAGAUGUGCUGGAGGCCAUAGCCAUCAUCUACAAUUCUCCAAAGCGGUUUGAGCACUAUCAAGGUGACCGGCCAGUGAGGCUUGUACUCCGUUGCUGCCGCGAUAUCAUCCGAUGGGCACCUUUCUGCGAGCCAACCGAUCUGCAGCGUGCUAGGGAACUCAUAGCGACUCUCGAGACACUCAUCCCCCGUCUAACAGUCCCGGUUUGGUUUCGAUCAAACGCGUUGCAUGAUACCGAU